AUGUCGAGCAUCUCCCGUUCAUUGAACCUUUUGGCGCGCACCAGCCGGUCUUCCCUGCUGCGCCCAACUGCCGUCAACCCCGUCCACCAUGUCUUCAGCAACAAGGUGGCCGCCCGUGGCCUGGCUACUGCUUUCGAGCGUAACAAGCCCCAUGUGAACAUUGAUAUUCCUGUCCAGGUACCAUUGGUCACGUCGAUCACGGCAAGACCACCCUCACUGCCGCCAUCACUAAGCACCAGGCCUCCAAGGGUCUUGCCAACUUCCUCGAGUAUGCCGCCAUUGACAAGGCUCCCCGAGGAGCGCAAGCGUGGUAUCACUAUCUCGACUGCUCACAUUGAGUUCGCGACUGAGGACCGUCACUACGCACACGUCGACUGCCCCGGUCACGCCGAUUACAUUAAGAACAUGAUUACUGGUGCUGCCAACAUGGAUGGCGCCAUUGUCGUCGUUGCUGCCUCCGACGGUCAGAUGCCCCAGACUCGUGAGCACUUGCUGCUUGCCCGCCAGGUCGGUGUCCAGAAGAUUGUUGUGUUCGUCAACAAGGUCGAUGCCGUUGAGGAUCCCGAGAUGCUUGAGCUCGUCGAGCUUGAGAUGCGUGAGCUUCUCUCCACCUACGGCUUCGAGGGUGAGGAGACCCCUAUCAUCUUCGGCUCGGCCCUCUGUGCCCUCGAGAACCGCCGUCCCGACAUCGGUACCGAGCAGAUCGACAAGCUCAUGAAGGCUGUCGACACCUGGAUCCCCACCCCUGAGCGUGAUUUGGACAAGCCUUUCCUCAUGUCCAUUGAGGAAGUCUUCUCCAUUCCUGGCCGUGGUACCGUCGUCUCUGGACGUGUCGAGCGUGGUCUCCUGAAGAAGGAUACCGAAGUCGAGAUUGUCGGCGCUACCAACGACGGUAACCCCAUCAAGACCAAGGUUACCGACAUUGAGACCUUCAAGAAGUCCUGUGACGAGUCCCGUGCUGGUGACAACUCUGGUCUCCUCCUCCGUGGUGUCCGCCGUGAGGAUCUCCGCCGUGGUAUGGUUGUUGCUGCUCCACAGAGCACCAAGGCCAGCAACAAGUUCCUGGUCUCCAUGUACGUUCUGACCGAGGCUGAGGGUGGUCGCCGUACUGGCUUCGGCGCCAACUACCGUCCCCAGGUCUACAUCCGUACUGCCGAUGAAGCCGGUGAUCUCAGCUUCCCCGAUGGCGAUCUCUCCAAGCGUGUCAUGCCCGGUGACAACGUCGAGAUGAUCCUCAAGACCCACCACCCCGUCGCUGCCGAGAGCGGUCAGCGCUUCAACAUCCGUGAGGGUGGCCGCACCGUCGCCACUGGUUUGAUCACCCGUGUCGUCGAGUAA